AGGAAAUAACUGAUGAUUUUCGAGUGAACUACUGCAAACUAUGGCAAGCUAUUAUCUCAGCAAAUUUAGAAGGUAUUAAACGGUACAGCGAGAAGAUGGAUGUUGGUGAAUAUUACGGAAUCUUUUCUUGUAUGCUUGCCGCGCGAACGUGGAACACAGUUGUGAGUGGAAUGAAGAGAACGCCGUACUCACAGAAUGAGGUAAGUGCCGGUGAUAUUUAUUAAGAGGAGAUUUUUUUGUAUGUUACGUAACACGCGCUCAAAACUAAUGCGUAUAAUAUAUCAGUCGCUUGAGGUUAUGACUAAAUUCAAAAUUUUUAUUUUUCGAUACAUUUCUCAAUCGGCAAACAAACUUAAAAAGUAUGUUUUAGUGCUUUAUCUGUAAAAUAAUGCCAAAAUGAAGAGAUUUUAGAUGAUACGCCAAAGAGAAAAUUAUGUGUGAAGUUCAGUAAGUUUUGGUUAUAUGGCUGUAAAUAUGUUAACAAUAUGGCGUCAAUUUUAAAGCAUCAUUAAUAUUUGUAUUUUAAUUGACAAUUUUUAACUAUUAUUUUAUGUUUCUCAACCGGCAGAUGCAUUUAAAAAGGUAGCUAACUCUACAAACUAGAGAAUAAAGCUAAAACAAAGUAAUUUUGAGAGGAACGCCUAAACGAUUUUAGGUUUUGAACACUUUUCAUUGCAAAUACGUGACAUUGAAAAAAAUUGCCUCUUAAUUUCAAAGAAUUCACCAUGAUUUCUGAUAACAGCCAACUGUGAAAUUGUCAUAUCAACACAAUAGCUGACCAAAUAUGGAGUUUCUAGCAAAACCGUCCUUGAGAAAUACAUCUAUUUUUCGGUUCUUUCAGAUGCAAGAACUCCGUAACUCCGUCUCAAUGUAUCUCACCGAUAUUUCGAGCAUUCUAAAUCGUGUACCUCGACAGUUAUUACUUAUUCUUAAAACUAACGAUCUGCUUCGGGGCAUAGAUCAUCAACUUGAGACUAGCAAAACGUCCAGAUCUUUUGUGACUAUGUCAAAAUGUUGUGCCGAAGCUGUAGCGAAGGAGGAGUUGAAGACGUGUAGGACUUGGUGCGAGCGUUUUAUGGUGUACGGCCGCUGGUCGGUUGAUAGCGCACGCAUAGCGUUGUAUCAAGUUAGUGUCCAGGACUUCUCAGUUUCGACCGAAGUUCUCGCCUCUGUUGCAACAAAUUUGGUUAGUUUGUUUGCCAUUUCAAUGUUAUUUGGUAUCUGCUGAUAUAAACUUUGUAUGGCUUAUAUAUGGUAUUGUAGACGAAACCCACAACAGAAAUUUUAUUAAGGAAACUACACUAUUUAAUACAUUUAAUUGAUAAGUUAUAACU